AUGGCGGAGACACUACAAUGCCUGGUUUUUGUUAAAAAAGGUGAUAUGGAAGAAGAAAAACUCACCGUAAGCCCGCCUGGGCGCCGCUGGAACGAACACUCCAAACAGGAUACGCGGAGGUACUCCCAUGACGACGACUGCAUCUAUGUGAAUCUCAAAGCCAGGCAUCACGAGCCCACCAACGAAGACAGCGCAUAUAGCGCUAUGGAUGACAUCGACAUGGAAGACAUCGACACACAUGAUGACAAUGCAAAUGAUAUUGAGGCAUUUUCCCAACUAGCCACGAUGGAGAUGCCGGGUCGCACCUAUUUUGGUGGCGAAAACAACAACGGCAACGGCAACGGCAACGACGAGAACACGGAUAGCGACGACAACGCGGAUAGCGACGACAACACGGAUAGCGACGAGGAGACCGAUGGUGACGAGGAGAAUGAUGGCGACGAGGGGAACGAUGGCGAGGAAUAUAUCGGCAACCUGAUGAGAACUAUCUACAGUCAUUUCCACGAAUUUUCCCCAGGGCUUCUCAACUGGAUGAAACGGGCAGAGUACAAGGUGCCAGAGCAAGACAGAUUACCUGCUCUCGAUGGAAGACCGGUGCAGCCCGACAUUAACAAACCGAAAGACUUCCACUUCCGAUGUCCAUUGUAUUGGCUAGACCAAGCAAGAUACGUCACUUGUCUCGCACACCCUCUUCGUUCAAUCCAGGACGUCAUGGAUCAUAUCGAGUUGCAUCACUCUGAGCCGCCUUACUGCCCAAUCUGCUACGAAGUAUUCAAUAACACUGGGAGUAGAGACAGCCAUGUUAAGGAGAGAUUUUGCUCUAAGCUUGACGGAGAGGUGCAUGGCUACAAUAAAAGACAACUGACAAGGAUGGCGAAACGCGAUAACAUACGCUUGCCUGAGGCUACGCGGUGGAAGCAGAUUCUUGAAAUUGGAGUCAAACACGAGCAAGGAACGCUCGCUGACGAAAUGGCCUACUUGACUGAUGGAUCGGGCCUAAAGAUUACAAAACUCCGAGACUAUAUUUUUGUCUUUUUAGACGAAAAUUCCGCUGGCGGGAAUGACAUAGAGGCCUAUGUUGAUGUCAUCUGGAAUCAAUUGAACAUAACCGGUUGGCUUACGGAGUUCAUCCAACAUGACCAAAGCCAUCUCGAUAGAGUGGAGAGCGAUGCAAUGGCCAUCUCAACAUCCUUGGAGGUCUGGCUCAAACGAAACUUCGUUUUACGGCCAGAGACGGUUAGCGGCAAUGGGAACGUCGGCGUGGGGAACAAGACCUCGUACGAGUUCGACGUUGAGAAAAGUCGUCCUCGAUACCAAUACUUGCUGGAUAUGAUUGGGUCAGACCAGAAAUCUGCAUUCGUUGCAUCGCUGAAGAAUUGGAUCUUGACGACCCAGAUCCCAUACAGGAUCGCAUGUCCCUUCUACGUUCACAACCCCGAUGCAAACUCCGACUUUUCAAAGACUUAUCUGCCCACAUCAAGCGAUUUCACUCAACCUGCACGAACUGCUGCAUAUCUUACCAAUGUCAAGUAUACGAUGACCCUAAUCGGCAUUCCCCCCGAUGCCAGCUCGCCCAACCAUUGGGAAGCAAUAGAAUGGAUAGACGACUCUUAG